CCUGGUCCACGUAGAGAGAAGAUCAUCAACAUCCUCUGGUGACAGAUGAUGAAACUGGGCCGUGCUGAUCCGAACUGGUUUAAUUCUCCGGCUCCACCCGUCACUUCUCGGCUAUAGCCGGAGCAGCUGAGUCAUUCUGGGGCUUGAAGGUCGUUUGAAACGGAUGCAAAAUGUCUUGGUUUGCUGACUUGGCUGGGAAAGCUGAAGACUUCCUGAACAAGGUGGACCAGGGAGCCGCCACGGCCCUGAGCCUCGAGCAGGCAACAGCUGCUUCCUUCUCAUCACAGUAUGAAGGAGAAUCAUCGGUCAAACCCGACUACAACACCUCAGGGUAUAAGACCGACGCAGCUGUGACACAUCACACCUAUGCAUCCUCCCAUGAUGCAUCAGGCUUCAUCUCUGCAGCGGCUGGCAACAUCAAGCGGUCCAAUACAGCCAGCAUGGCCCUCUCGGGUUCGGGCAGCAGCGCUCACAACUCUGCCAAGACCUCGUCUGGCUUCGUGAGGCCCAGGAAGAGCGAGCAGGAUGUGGACGACGACAUGCUCUUUGACUUUCUGAACAGUUUGGACCCUCCAGCCAGCAAUAGGGGGGAUUCUAGAAGGGAGCUUGUGACGGUGGCAGUUACUGAGGCACAAGACCCUACACCCCCCUCUUCCACCCCUCAUUCACUCCCCUCAGCCCCACCCACGCCCCCCUCAACCCACGGCGUAUCCAGGGCCUCCAGCAUGAGCUCGCUGUCCGCUCACAGCAUGAAAACAUCAGAGGAGAACUCUGCUAAAGAGCAAAGACCAGACACACCUGAGGGUUCAGACUCGGACUUGGCUGUGCCCCAGGACAUCCUCAGCAGGCAGGAGCCUCCUCCCCCCACAGAGGAGCCACAGAGUCAGAUCCUGUCCAGUCUGCGUCUGGAGAACCAGCUCCUGCGCAGCGAGGUGGCCUCCCUCAACCAGGAGAUGGCUUCAGUCAUCCAGAGAGCAAAAGACCUGCAAGACGAAUUGAACCAGGCCCGAAUGCGUGCGGACCGGUGGAACUCGGAGCAGUCGCACACUGACCGCACUUUACGGGAACACCGGUCACAAGUUGAGGAUCUGGCGGAGGCUCUUUCAGCCAAAGACGGUCAACUGGCUGUGCUGAAAAUCCGACUUGAUGAAGCUGAUCAGAUGCUGAAGUCCCGCAGUGUUGCACUAGAAGAGGCACAGAAGGAAAGAUCAAGAAUUAUGACGGACCACUCCGAAGGGAACAGCAUGCAGUCCCAAGCUCUUGAGACGAUACAGGAGAGGCUGCGAGAGGCGGACCUGACUGUCAGGAGGGAACAGGACAGCUACCGGCAGAUGCAGAAUGAGUAUGCCGGUCGACUGUCCAAGCUGGAGGCUGAGAGGCAGACCCUCGCAGAGACGGUGACGGCAGCAGAGCGACGAGCUGCAGAGGAGAAGCUCAGGGUGGACGACCUCCAACAGCAGCUGAAAAGUGCCAAAGCAGCAGCAGAGUUUGCGAGGCAGGAGUUACAAGACUACAAGCACAAGGCUUCACGCAUCUUACAAUCCAAAGAGAAGUUAAUCAGCAGUUUGAAGGAAGGAUCUGGUUUGGACACUCUGGACGGCAGCGGGACAAUGGUUCUGGAGCUGGAGGAGCUGCGUCACGAGAAGGAGAUGCAGAAGGAGGACAUCCAGAAACUACAAGCGCGAGUGCACACGCAUCGAAUGGAAAUACAGGAUUUGGAGAAUCAGGCGCUGGGGGAGGCAGAGGCCUGGAGGGAGCAGCAGAUGCAGUUACAGGAGCAACAAGCUUUCCAGAACCGAGUUAAACAGGAGAAUGACGCUGAGAUCGAGCGCUAUAAACAGGAGCUGCAGUACUUAGAGGAGGAGCAGCAUAGAGCCAAAACUUCUCUGCAAAGUCGAAUAAAAGACAGAGAAGAUGAAAUCCAGAAACUCAGGAACCAGUUGACCAACAAGACUCUCAGCACCAGCAGCCAAACUGAGCUGGAGAAUCGCCUCCACCAGCUGACGGAGACGCUGAUCCAGAAGCAGACGAUGCUCGAGGCUCUGGGCACAGAAAAGAGCUCCCUGGUGUUCCAGAUGGAGCGUCUGGAGCAGCAGCUGAAGAACGCUCAGGGAGGACAGAGCGGAGGGUCGGCCAUCAACAUGAGCAGCUUAGAGGCAGCCGGACCAGGAGCACGACAAAGAAACACACCAGUCCUCUUUAGUGAUCAGGACAGUCCAGGAAUGUACGGACAAGUACGUAAGGCAGCCAGCACCAUCGACCGUUUCAGUAUCAGACUGGGAAUCUUCUUGAGGCGUUACCCGAUGGCCAGAUUGUUUGUUAUCGUGUACAUGGCAAUACUGCAUCUGUGGGUCAUGAUUGUUCUUCUGACGUACACACCAGAAAUGCACCAAGGUCAUCCUGGCGAAAGAUAGAAGGCGUGAACGUUAUAUUUGGGAUUUUAAAGAUGUUUCUCUCUAUUGCCGUCGAUGUAAGGAUGGUACAAGCUGCUGGACGAUGGGCUCUGAGACCUCACUCUCCCUGUUUUGCACAGAAAUGCGAUGAAUUAAAGACAUUUCCUCUUCUCCUCCUCUUCUUCAUUACUGUAGUUCCAACUGAAGAUUGAUAGCUGACAGCUGCAUUAAGUUUGAAAGGAAUACCAGAGUGAUAUAUUGUAUUGUUUAUCUGCUGAAUGGGUCAUUAAAUGAUGACUUCCUUUCCCCUCCUGGUUUCAGACAUCUAUUCUCUUCAGAGAUUGUAUUUAACACUAUGUAAAAAAAACAGAGAAUCUUUUAAUAAAGAUGUUAGUGACAAA